UGCAGCUCCGAGCUGGAGAAGGAAAUCACAAAGCUGGCACCUUCACACGGCCAUUGUUAGUUUGACACAUCAUUCAAGUGCCGUUCGGGCGAAGAGGAUUUUACCCCCACUGAUCAACUGAAGUUUCCCACUUGAGCUCCAACUUCUCAGAACUGGUGUGACCGCACGAGACAACAUGGGUAAGCAAAAUAGCAAACUACGUCCCGAGGUCCUUCAGGAUCUUCGAGAGAACACCGAGUUUACUGACCACGAGCUCCAGGAGUGGUACAAAGGCUUCCUGAAAGACUGCCCGAGUGGAAAUCUGACUGUUGAAGAAUUUAAGAAAAUAUAUGCAAACUUCUUCCCUUAUGGGGACGCCUCCAAGUUUGCUGAGCACGUGUUCCGCACUUUUGACACCAAUGCCGACGGAACGAUUGACUUCCGAGAAUUUAUUAUUGCACUGAGUGUCACCUCUCGAGGCAAGCUGGAGCAGAAACUGAAGUGGGCAUUCAGCAUGUAUGACCUGGAUGGGAAUGGGUACAUCAGUCGGGAUGAAAUGCUGGAGAUUGUCCAGGCAAUCUACAAGAUGGUGUCCACGGUUAUGAAGAUGCCCGAUGAUGAAGCAACACCAGAGAAAAGAACAGAUAAAAUCUUCAGACAGAUGGACACAAAUAAUGAUGGUAAAUUGUCUCUUGAAGAGUUCAUUAAAGGUGCCAAGAGUGACCCCUCCAUUGUACGAUUACUACAGUGUGACCCAAGCAGUGCAUCUCAGUUCUAGUUGGCACAUGACUGUAUCACAUUUAUCGUAUGAAGAAAAGGAGCGAGAUUUCAUUCCAGCCAGAUUGCCAACCCUUUCUCUGACCUCCAUCUCAUCAUGAAUUGAUCUUCCUGCCAUAACAGGGUGAAUGACGAACACGGGACCGCGUGGUCGACCCGCGCUGUCGUCAGAGGAGCUUAUAGUCACUGCGUUGUUAAUUUGUUUUGUGUUUUCUGUGCGAUGGACACUUAAAAAAGCAGGCAUGCCAACACUUAUUGAGCAACGGGGCAUUGUGCACAAAGCUCUCACUACGGUUCGGAAUAUUGCACGAGUCUAUUAUUGGCCCUUAGGCUAAACGUAAAAUUGACAUCACGAAUGUAAAAAACGCCACAUAAGGGAGCUUGCAAACACGCUUUGAGUUGCAUUGUAGCUGCUCUAGUUAUUGCUCUUGUCGUACAAAACCAACAGUUUCAGUUCCCAGAAUGAUCUAUAUUGCUCUGCAAAUGAAGCUGUUAGAUUAUCUCACUUGCGGAUUCACUCGGUAAGCCUCAAAGAUCACUGUGGGGAAUACAGUUCACGCUUAGAAAGCAGGAAGACAUCACAGACGUGUUUGCAAGGGGAGGUACAAACUAAGGUUAAAUGUUUAAGUGGCCCUCACGUACACAGUGGAGUUGUUAACAUGUAUACGAAACAUACCAUUGACCAUAGCUUGGGUUUAAUUUUAUUUUCAUGCCCUGUUCUACUCAGGCAUCAUACAUUCCCCUUCCUAAAUCAGGUAGGUUCCCGAAGUGUGGAUUGAAUCAUUGGUGCAAGUGACCUUUUACUAAAUAGGAAUGACAAUGGGCUGCUGCCCAAGUUAUUGAAAACCGCCAAUAUUUCCUUCAGGUCGUGUUAAGCCAAAAGUGCGGCCCAUCUCCAUGAUUCUACAGACUGGGAGGAGGGAAGACAGUUGCUAGGAGUGGGAGAAUGGAGGGCUCACCUGACUGCAAAUCCACACAAAAAAAAAAUUGUCGUUCUAACAAAACAGAUCUGGUGAGAUUGGGUUUUGUAGUGAAGUAUAGUGAAAUAAUAAUAGGUAUCACACUCUUGGAAAAAACAUCCUAGACUCAAUAGUAAAUAAUCACUUGUUUUGGAGCAUCAGUGCUCCUGUCAUGUGAAUGUGAUUCGUGCACAGAUUUACAGAGCAUAUCUCCUAUCUAACCCAGCAACGAAUGCAAUUCGGGGCUGUUAGAGGUGUACAAGGGAAUACUGUGGACAAAUGAGCCAGGUGCAAGGUCUUCCUGCCUGAUAUUACCACUGUUUUACCAUGUUAUAAUAACUGGAAUAAAAAUCCCUUAAUUCUUGUGAUGAAUAUGCUGCGUCUGCUCCAGUCAGGGUAUUUGUGUGCUUCAGAAAUGAAGGCAUAACUGUCAGUGCAUGUUAGAUCAUGGUGUGGG